AUGCGCACCCAUCCCAAUUCAGGCCACGACAUAGAGACAGCCACACAAAUGAUGACGGCCAUUGAGUCAUCUGGGGGAAUUUCUGGUAUCCGGGUGACGGUGAGCGGGCCACAACCUGCUGCAAAGUCCACUUCAGUAAAUUGGGAGGGAGUUAGUUUCAUUAACAACAUUGGAUGCACCAAGGAAGGUUUGCGUGUUUGGAGAGCUUAUGGAAUUGGCUCUGGCAAAUUUGUACCCUGGAGCAACUUCCACCAACAAGUUGGGAGUCUUCCUCAGCUAAACAAACAGAAACAGAGUUCUAGUACUGAAGUAUCUUUCCAAACUGCCAAAGCCAAAAACCGGUUUUAGAAGAGGCCCCAAAGAACAGAAAUAACAGCGACGACGAUGAAAGCUGUAACGACGAAGGAAGCGAUCUGUUUUUCUACUCAUCGCUAGAAAAACAUCUGGACUGUGGUAAACACAAGUAUGCCGUGGAACAGGAAACACUGUACGACAAGGCAAUGACCAUGUACGCCACCAAACUGGAGCGUGGUCCUGGCGUCCUACCAGAAAUAGUUGAUGAUGGUGCAUCUAUUUCACUGGAGGGUGAUGCCGCCGUGAUACCGAUGGGAUGGGCUCUUAAGUCAGCAGGAGUACAAGGAAAGAAUCUCACGGUGGCGCAGAAAAACUAUCUGACUGAAGUCUUUUAAGUUGGAGAACGCACUGGGCAAAAAGCAGAUCCAACGAGCGUCUCAAAGGCAAUGCGAAGAGUAAAGCAUAGUGAUUGCUCUAAUAUCUUCUCCACUACAAAUAGCAGGAUUUUUUCUCGCUUGUCAGCAAAGAAAACGUAGUGUGGAACAAUCCAGUGAGGAGGAAGAACCUGAAAGGAAUGAGCUGAUAACAGAGAAGGCAAUCGAAGAAAUGUCCAACGAAGUAACGAAAGCAUUAGCCCUUCAGCAUCCUAUCAUGUACGAAACAUACAACAUCUGUGAGAUCGUAGGUCAGUCUAGCCUCCCCGCAGACGUCCUUUGGGGUUCGUUUGUCACGCAUUCAUUUCUCCCCCAUGGACGUCUGCUAAACACAGCCGACAUUUACGUUCCCAAUCACAGGCCGUUUACGGAUUUUUGUAAAACGUAACCCGAGCCUCUUCUUAAGACUCGCACGAUCAGUGAGGCUUUUGAUCGAGUGUGGGAGAAAUAUGUAAUUAAUACAGAGUUAAACAAGUAUCAGAGAGAAGCUAUCCUGCAAAUUUUAUAGCGAAGACCGAUGAGUUCAUAAAUUUGCCGACGGGAUUUAGCAAAUCCCUUAUCUAUCAAGCUUUGCUGCUUGUUUGCGACACAGUGCGUGGAACUACUGAACAUUAUUGUUGCCGUCGUUUCGCCCCUAGUAAAUCUUGAAAGAUCAGUCUACAAAGCUGGAAAAUAUUGGUAUACCUGCUGUAACGCUCAGUGAUAUUAGGGAAGAGAAUAUGAGGGUUGUCGAGAGAGGGACUUUCUCUGUUGUUUACGGAAGCCCAGAAGCUUGGUUGAAGAUCGAUCGGUGGAGGAAAUGUUAGCGAGUGACUUGUACAGUUAGUAUGUGGACCUUGGUCCUCGACUUUCCCGAGCAUGAUUGAAUAUUUCGUCGAGAAAUAAAAUACAAUGAACAAUGAAAGGUUUAAUGAUUUAUUGAUUAUAAGCAUUCUUUCUUUCUUUGAAGGAGCGAGAUUAAAGUUUGUUGACAAGUAGGUUAAUUUGUCGUUCUAGCUUGAAGAUCCUUGAAGUUUGGACUUCGGUGGCUCCGUGGUCAUGUUUACUUAGCUUGUGAAUAAAUAAAACGCAACAGGAAGACGUGCCUUUUUGCAGAACAAGUUUUCAGAUAAACCUUUUUCUGCCGUUGGAAGCACGUUGCUGUAGACUUCGAAUUUUUUGUUUUACCGACUCUUGAAAAAAUAUAACCAAAUUUCGCGUAGUGGUCCUCGGUCCGCGACCCAUGACCUUGGUGGAAUUACAUUUCGCAAAAAAGGAAACGGCCUUUCUUUUCGAAGAAUGCUUUGAAAAUCUUCCCAAUACAAGUUUACAAGUUCUCUUUUCUUAAUACUUCGAAUAUAUACAGAGUUAAUAGUAAUGAUUGUUUCGAUAGCGCUAAAAACCGCUCCGCCCUCGUGUUGGAGACUGUUGUCUGAAGUCUUUCAAAGAAAAGUAGAUUAUUUUAUACUUACAACAACUUCCGAAAAAACUAUACAGCUGACUGCAGCUUUAUUUCAUCAUUUGUGUGAUUUUUUCAAAACGUUUGAACGUCUCAGGUAGAAGAUAUCUGUGCAAAUAAAUAAUUCACUUGAAGAAUACAAAGACACAUCAACGUCCAGAGCACGUUUGUUGAGCCUUGCGAUCUCGACUGCCCUUUUUCUAAACGCACGAACUUCGUCCUUUCCUAAAUUACAGCUGCAAAGAAAACAAAAAAAUUCGCUUCUUAUAACUUUCUUCGGAGUCUCAUCCAUGCAUAGGCAUGGAAUAAAUAUUCCUCUUAAAAUGCGAGAAAUAAUUCGUAGGUGCCGUUUCACUUAUAUCACAGCGCGUGAUUGGCUGAUCGUGACACGAUAACUAACCGCUUAUUGGCUUAUUAAAACAAUCCAGAACGUAAAUGUCGGAUGUGGUUAGCAGACGUCCGUGGGGGAGAAAUGAAUGCGCGACAAACGAACCGCAAAGGACGUCUGCGGGGAGGUUAAGGUCAGUCUAGGCUGUCGAAGUUUUCGAUGCGAACACUGAAGAACAUCUGUGCAGCCUUAGAACUGGAUGUAGCAUCGAUGACUGGCAAGCGCAAGCAGCCGUAUAUGGAAAUUAUUGAAGGCGUUGUGGCCAGGUGUGGCUGUAAAACUAGUAAGGCUGACCAGAAUAUGUAGAGAUUAACCUACGAAAUAGUCAGUGAUGUCGAGAAUGUCUUACUUAGGGUAAACUGGAAUUGACGGCUCUACGCUACGUGUGUCGUCUAUAGUCUAUAGAACUUUUUAGAGACACUCUUUUAACAGUGACGACUGACGGGGGCUAUAAAGUGUCUCGCCAAAAUUAUCCUCGUAGCUUUUACGAUAGAAGCCAGGGAAAAGCCAGCAAAAGGAAACGUGUUAUAGGAAAUGUAACAAGUUGUUAUAAAUUAGUUAAGUCUGUGGAGAGAAAAGGAAUCACAGCCACACCCACAAACGGAGAAUCUUGACAACUUCAAGUAGAUUUAAGGAGGGAUGGUCUAAUGUAAAGUUUUUUCAAGCUAUCUCGUGACUAACAAUUUAAGGCCAAUCAUAAGGAAUCUUCCAAUUUCAUUGUUAAAAUUACUUUUAACUGCAUCAGUAGUCUACUAUGUUGAAACUUUACCGGAUUUUGGAUUUCCCUUGGAUUUCAGGCAUACUAAUUUGGAUUUCCUGCAUACUAAUUAAGUGCCUUCCUCCAUAUAUAAUGAAGUGGAUCGGUUUACUAAUGAGCGUCACUCUACUACAAUAGUAACAAUAGGCCGGCCCAAACUUUCCCGGUCUAUACCCACCCUGAUUGGCUCAUGUAGAAUCUAUUAUGUCUCAAAAUAAAAGCGGGCUCUCCGUUUGGCAUAUUACUCUUGCAAUCACUUUGCUAAGGAAAAAGUCUUACCAUCACCAAUAUUUUUUAAAACAUUACUCCAAACAUGCAAGUCAAAUCGAGCGCUACACCGUUUCUGACAGUAGAUGAAGUGGAAAAAGUCCAACGUCAACGGGUAGCUAGCCUUAUCGGCCAUGCGUUCCAACUGACUUAUGCGGCUACGGUUGACAAACUCAUUCAAGAAGAAAAGCUGAAUCGCUGCCACGGUUGUGCUAUUCAACACCCAAGUCAAAACCAACAUUCUUGUCUGAUGAUGGAUCAUGAUGACGCAUGGACGUAUUACCAUGAUGAAGUGGUGGAACAAAUUAACCUCAAUGUUAUCUUAAAAAGGGCUGAAAGUGUGUGCAGUGCUCUUGGUUUCAAACUUGGCAAAAGGUGGGAAGCGUACGUGACCGAAUUACCAAAGCUGCCUUGGACUAACAUGUACCUCACUUCCUUGGAACUCGAAGUUUAUGGUGAGUUAGAAGAUCGAAUUCUGCAUGGUAUUUACUACGGACCUUGUGGACUGAAGUGCAAAGGUCCCAGUACUGUGGAAAUUGACAGCCAAGUUGAGUUACAAUGCCCUGAGAGAGUUGUGAGGAAAGAUGAACAACCAAUGGACUUUGACUUGAUAAUUAAUGAUAUUCAAAAUAAGCUUUGUUUCUAG